AGGCCAUUGUGGCUAACGCCGGCUGGGCGAUGAUGAGUUAUCGAAGAACCAUGAACAGGGAGAUGGAACAGCAAAAAAAAUUACUCCACUCCUCAUCGUCCUCAGCCUCAAUGCCAACGCCGGUUUCCUCCGAGAGUGAGACAGAUGAUGAGGAUGUCGAGGUGCUGCAGCCACCCAAGACGUGGACUGGCAAUCUGGCGAAGAAGGUUCUUUCGAAGCAACUUUCAAUGAGAGAUAUGGAGAGGGAAGCAAAAUGGGAGAAGAAGAAGCGGCAAAUGUACCUGCGGAGCCAAAGCGAUGGGUUGGUGGCGGAGAGGGACUUGGAUGGGAAGGAAGAAGGGGCGAGGACGAGGAGGGAGAGGGUAAGGAGUUUGACGGAUGAGGACAUGGAUGAGCUAAGGGGUUCGGUAGAGCUCGGUUUUGGGUUCAGCGAGGAUAACGGAGGCAGGGAAUUGUGCAAAACUCUGCCGGCGCUUAAUCUACUCUUUGCAUUGAACAGGCAGUCGUCUGACACGAAGCUGCGACAGACACCGAGUCCUGCAUCGACGCCGACGGCAGCCGCGACAACAUCUUCAUCGCCGAUGACGACUCUUUUUGGGACGCCGAGCCCAAGAACUCCGAAUGAGCAGUCUCAGCUGGAGCAGGGGAAGACUUCUGUUAAUCCUGAUGAUGAUACCUGGCAGAUCUUUAAACCGGGGGACAGUCCGGAACAAAUGAAGACAAAACUCAGGCAUUGGGCUCAAAUCGUGGCUUGCUCAGUGAGACAGGGCUACUAGUCUAUGCUCAUGAUGAUAAGUAAAAAAAAUAAAAUAAAAGGAAAAUUGAGGAAAAUUUACAGUGAAAGUUACAUAAGCAGCCCACAAUUCUUUUGAAUAUGCAUAUAUCACAAAUAAACUUCUCCAUUUUAUA